AUGUCCGGCUACACAGCUGAGCAGCUUGCUGUCGCCCGUCAACUCUCAGCAGAGUUUAGCUCACGUAGCGGCAAGUCAAGAGGCAGAGCAAGCGGCCGGUCAGGCGGUGGUAUUUCAGCCUCGUCAUAUCCUACUCGAGCCUCCAUCCUCAGACCGAAGGCGUCGCUGUCCGCUUCAGGCGGUAGUCAAGCUAGCGGAUCUGGCAGAUUCGCCUUGCGUGGUACUGGAGCCUCGCGAGUUGCUGCACCGGCCACCGAUGGCCGAGAGAGUGGUAGACCUAUUCGUGACACUCAGCCAGUCAGUAGUCCAACUGUUCGAACAUCCGCCAGUCCAUUUACAAACCGCAACUACUCCCCAGCAAACGUAGCUGGAGGACAGAGUUAUACACCCAAGGUCUCGGGUUCCGCCGGACUGGCUACAGAAACGGUUGGUGUCAGUUACAUCUGUGGAAAUAGCGGCAACAGGACAGGAGUGUCUAGUCCUGCUCAACCACAUGCAAAACCACCUAGGGUAGCUGACACUGAAGUCAUAAAUGAUCAUGAUUCGGCUCAUUUCGGGUAUCAGAUCACACCAACUCGGCAGGUUCGUGGUUCAGGCAUAGCUCCCACUGAAGACAACAAGAAUCUCGAUGCAUCGUAUACCGCUGCUUCUGAUCCUCCCUCGAAAGCAAUGUCUGUGCCAGACCAUUUCCAAUCUCCUGACAGCCCCACAAGCGGAAACUCGAACCCAGGUAUCAUAGAAGUUGAAGUUGCUGAGGGACAGAAAGCAAAGAUCGACACAUCUCAGCCCGUGAUUUGGAACUGGAUGAGCGGCGAGUCACCCAAAGUCCGGCCACCUACAGCCUUUGUAGAGGAACAGGAGCCUCUUUACGACAAUUCAGCUGAUAUCUUCUCAAAGAAGCCACUCGGCCAUCGCCCUCUAUCUCCGAUCUUGGAGCCUAUGGUGUACUUCGACCACAAUUUGCCGCCUCCAGUUGUCGAGUACUAUCAAUCGACCAGGGAGCAAUCAAGUGGUCAAGCUUAUUAUUCUGCUCAAGGCACAAGUACCGAGAAGCACAAGCGAUCAAUGUCCGCCGGACCCCAGCACGAGAAUUGCACGUGCAAUAGGGAUCUGACCACCAUCAAGGGUUUGGGAGGCUCUCGCUUCUCACAAGAGGAUACGAGGCCGGUACAGAACCAGAAUCGGUUUACCGGUGCCUGUCCCGUUCACUACGAGCAAAAAGUCGACCAGCUUGGUGCCACAUUGUCAAGCUUCACACUUUGA